GGAUCAGUAAGGAAAAAGACGUGUGGUGAGAGAAACAGAGAAUUGAAAAGAAAUAUUUUUCCAAAAGCAUUACCGUAUUUCACUUGUUCUUCAUUUUCGGUAACCCAAAAUCGUUCCGAUUAUUCACCGAAACACAAAACCGAUUUCAUAUCUUUGAAGUUCGUUGAGUCCAGGUCACAAAUAUCCAAGGUUCAUUUCAUUCCGGCGUCGUUUCACCGAUCAAAAGCGACGUUGAAGUCAGGUACUCACGAAGGCAGGCAGCACUGCGUCGGUGACGGUUUCCAGCUUUCGGUCGAUCAUUUGGACGAUCAGAAGUUCAUCCUCUUCACACAAGAGUCUUCAAUUGACAAGGUCAAGUCUCUGACCAUCAACUCUGGCAUCAGUGAUGAUCCCUCUGCUGUAAGGAUUCACUAGAACAAAGUGAUAAGUUGGAUGACCUCUGAAGCCUUCAAGCUGAAAGGCCUCUCUGAACAAGUCCACAAUGACUUCAUCAGAGACGCUAGGAUCAGACUCCAAGAGCGUCUAGCCAGAGAAGUUGAGGAGCGGGCAAGACAGGAAGCUGAAGAGAAAGCAAGACAAGAAGAACUUCAGAGAAUCAAAGAAGCUGAAGCCAAAGCUCUUGCUGAUGCUGUUGUUGCUGAAGCUGAGGAAAAAGCAAAAGCUGCCGCUGAAGAAGCAGCUCGCCUUGUUGAAGAGUCUGCUGCCAAAAAUGAUGCACUGACUCAGGGGGAGACCUUCAACUUCGUCCCUCUGGUCCUGAAGACCCUUGAAAAGCUGCAGAAAGAACAACAGGUCAUUUAUCAUUCCAUAUUGCAUUGCACCAUGGCAGUCAGAAUUGGCAUCAAGAGAAUCCUUUGUACAAAAGAGCAAGUCUUUCCUUGAGAUGAAGGCCACAUGAUUAUUCUGAAGAGCUUAUAUGAGCUAGGGUUCAUUUUGAAGCAGUUUUACCAAGUGGCAGAGGCCCAAAUUCAGCAGUGCAUUUCCAGGUCAUCUGAGGACCAUAAAAGUCAACUGUGCAGUCAACUGAGGGCUUUGAGUUGGGGAAGUGAGUGGAAGCAUCUCAUUCAUGUUCAUACAAGGC